AGUAUCGCUGUGAAUAUGUCAUGCGUACACCCCACUGUGAGAACUUUAAGUACAUUAUCGACUAUGUUAGCUUCAUUGAGUGUGGUCUGAAGGCACAAUCGCAUAUGACGGAGGUUUUUGCUGUCUUUGGCUUCUUAAUUCUGGGCUUGUAUUUACUUCUAUGCAUUGCUGUCAUUGCUAAUAGCUAUUUUGGUCCCGCAUUGAAGUCUAUAGCGAAGAAGAUGCGAAUGAACGAGCACUUGGCUGGUGUCACGCUGCUGGCCUUUGGCAAUAGUGCCGCCGAUUUUUCCGCACAACUUACCAAUACUAACAUACAUCAUUUGUUCAUGGAUACCGUAUCUUCGGCGAUUUUUGCAACAUUAAUUUCCGGUGGCCUCAUUUGCAUUUUUUAUCCUUUUCAAAUGGAACGAUACGACAUGGUGAUUGAUAUACUUUUCUUUAUAAUUGGCGUAAUGUAUUUGGAAUAUAUUCUGGCAUCAGACUCAACGUUAACAUUAAGCUGGUGUGUGGGCCCUAUUAUAAUCUAUAUAAUUUAUUUAGCUAUCAACAUUACCGAUACAUUCUUGGAAAAAAAAUACGGCAAUGCUCCCCCUAGUAUUCUGAUACUAGCAACUAAAUCUCGAGCAAGCUUCGGUCGCUCGGGUCGCCCAUCAAAUGCACCACGUGUUCAAUCCCUAAGGAGUUCUAGAAUUAGCGGAUCGCAACGCUCUGCUCGACAAACUACGUAUUUUGCUGAAAGGCGUGAAACCGUCGAUGAGGCAAUGACUCGCGUAUUGAGGCACCGUAAACAAAAUCCAAAAAAUUUGAAUCUCUUAAAUGAGUUUAUCUCCGCCAUAGUGCCAAUCCAAGCUACCGAUUGGGAAAGGUCGGGCAAAUUUAUCCGCACUUUUCUAAUAAUACGUGCUCCACUCGUCUUCCUUUGUCAGCUUUUCAUUCCCGUUGUGAAUGUGGAGCAUGAAAAGCACGGCUGGUCAAAGUUACUAAAUUGCUUGCACAUCGUAGUUACUCCUUUGCUGCCCGCUUUAAUUUUAAGUGUCUAUGGAGCCGAUAUAUCAUUUACUGUACUGCUAGUAACAAUACCGGUGGCCAUCGCCGUUUUCUUACACUCUCGCACGGAUAUACCCCCUCCAUAUCACUUUGUAUUUACUCUAGUUUGUGGAGUUACUUCGAUGCUGUUGAUAUUUGUUUGUGCCAGAGAGAUUUCGGAAAUUGUUGUCGUUAUCGGCAUGGUAGUCGGACUAUCAGAGAGCUUCAUUACCAUUACAGUUAAUAGCUGGGGCAGUUCGGUGGGCAUGCUGGUUACCAAUAUGACGCUCGCCCACCAUGGAUACGAACGCAUGGCCUUUGCCUCUUGCUAUGGCGGACCUUUUUUCAUGCUUAUUAUGUCGAAUGGAAUAAUUAUGACAUCGCAACAUCUUCUGGGGCAUGAGUUUUCGGUAUCCAACGGCCUAUUUUAUGAAAAUAGUUACAUAUUUUUCAUGUUGUCUCUUGUUUCCACGCUGAUCUGGGCAUUUUCGUUCGAUUUCGUUACACGACCUUCCGUCGGAGUUUUCAAUUUUAUGCUCUACUUACUGUUUAUUAUCUAUGCCGUACUCGCCGAAAAGGAGGUUAUACACUCCUUCACAAGAGAUGAACACAUUGACGUUGUUUAAUUUGAAAAAAUAUUAUAAAUAAGUUGGAAAAAUUAUAAAAUAUACAAUGAUAAUCGUUUA